ACAUCUGACAGAGUCCAGAAAAUUGACAUGAACUAAAACAUAACAAACUUCUUCGAAAGAUUUCAGUGAACAUGCCCCCCUUCAAUUUCUUCCAAGACAUCUACCGGAAUUACCAAAACCAUCAGUUUUGUGAUCUAGCGUUAUACGGCUCCCUUGCCACUCCCCAAAAUCAACCCAUUUGGGUCCACAAAUUGGUGGUGUGCUCGCUUUUCCCAGAAUGGCCCACUUUCGUCCAAGAAGAAACGGAUUACGUCACCUUACCCGACAUCGAACACGCCCACCUUCAACGAUUCGUGGAUCAAGUCUAUCAAGGAUUGACCCACGAGGUCCAUUCCUGGCAGAAUCUAGAUCCCGAAAUGGCCGAUUUCUUUCAGAUUCACCACGCAUUCACGCCCAAAUCCAAAAACACUCUCCACCAGCCCUUGUCGCCCGAAAUCGAGCUGAAAACCGAGAAUGGGCGGAAUACGCCCGAUUUCUUGGAGCCUAAUGCCAUCAACCUCUUUCACGAAAUCAGUGCUGACGAUGGAGAGGAGGACAUGGAUGAGGCCGACCAUAAUCAUGACGACGAGUGGAAGCACAGUUUAGAUGAGGAGGACCACAGUCUGGAUGAUGGCAAUUUUGAGGGCCACCCAUUCAAGAGUGCGGAUGGGACCAAACGAACCAUCAGGUCAAAAGGCGUCAAACGAAAAGGACCUCGAUCCUCAAGGCGGGAGCGAAGUGUUAAGCGGAAAGCCGCACUAGUUCCUCCCCCUACCGAUACUGGCCCCGAAAUUGAUCAUGCGGCCAUUAUCAACCUUUUGCAAAGUCAAGGGCAGGGGAUUUUGCCCGUGAACGUGACGUCUUCACCGGUGACCUCGUUCAAGGGUGCCCGUUAUGAUAAAAGCGUGUGCACCGAGGGAUGUCUCUUCUUAGCUCUGAUUGGCGUUCGAGUCCAGGAGGAAACGAUUUAUGGAAAAUCUCUAGCUUGGACUACAGAUGAUCCGGAAGCCAUUGGAAGAUCGUUCUCACCCACUCUUUUAGCGUGCCACGAGAUCUUUGGAUUGCCCCGAGCUCAAUUGCUGGGCUCGGGUUGCUUCCGGACCUUUGUGGAAACCGGGCAGCAAAGCAAAAACCCGAAUUAUGUCAACGAUCUUCAUCGUAAGUAUAUGUACCAAUGUACCCGGGAAAACUUGGUUGAAGAGCAAAAUCAUCCGGAGGUGGUAAACGCCAAUGCGGCUACUAAACCAACCAGGAUAGCAAUCGAUCCCCCACCCACUGACUACAGUAUUCAAAUGACAAGUGAUCUGAGACACUUUGAGGACAUUGUUCUCGUUGGCGUUUACUAA